AUUUUCCGUCAAAUAGUGUUUGGCGCGCUGGCUGAUAAGCACAGGCGGUUGAUCACGAUGAAAUUAUUUUUUUUAGUUGCACGACAGAUAUCUUACAUUCCUCACGUGCCUGAGCGGUUUAAUUUAAUCUUCUUCAUUUGCAAGUUGUAACGAAAAUGAGUAGUGUCGAAUUGGCCAAUAAUAGAAGAAUGGCACGACAGAAUGGGAUCGUCCAACCUUUACUUACUGAUCUUUACCAAAUCACCAUGGCCUAUGCUUACUGGAAGUCCGACAAAAUAAAUGAUGUGGCAGUAUUUGAUUUAUUUUUCCGCAACAAUCCAUUCCAAGGAGAAUUUACCAUAUUUGCUGGACUAGAGGAGUGUCUCAAGUUUUUGGAGAAUUUUCAUUAUUCUGAUAGUGAUAUUGAAUAUUUGAUGGCGACUCUUCCUGAGAAUAUUGAGCCAGAGUUUUAUGCAUAUUUGAGGGAUCUAACAUGCAAGGAUAUCAAGCUGAGUGCUAUUGAAGAAGGAUCUGUAGUUUUCCCCAGAGUGCCCCUAUUAAGAGUUGAAGGACCUCUAAUUAUUACCCAGUUGUUGGAGACGACCUUAUUAACCCUGGUUAACUUUGCAAGCUUGAUGGCGACAAACGCCGCUCGGUAUCGGAUGGUGGCCGGGAAAAACGUUUCUUUACUAGAAUUCGGACUAAGAAGAGCGCAAGGCCCCGACGGAGGCCUAUCCGCUUCUAAAUAUGCAUAUAUCGGUGGUUUUGACGGAACUAGCAACGUGCUGGCUGGCAAGAUGUUUAACAUCCCCGUGAAAGGGACGCACGCCCACUCAUUCGUGACGUCAUUCAGCACUCUAUCCGACGUCUCCUCAGUUGUACUGCGUCACGCAGAGACAGAUAAACAGUGCAAUCUGCUAGAUCUCGCCACGGAAUGGCGCAAACGCGUCUCACCAAUCAUGGACGUGUCCACAGAAGAGGCGAGCGACGGUGAACUAGCCGCGCUCAUAUCCUAUGCCCUUGCCUUUCCGUCAGGAUUUCUGGCUUUAGUGGAUACGUAUGAUGUCAAGAGGUAUAACUUUCAAGGCUUACCCUCACGACACAGGCAGCAUAUGAAUGGGCAUUCUGGAUACAAUAGCAACUGUGGAUCCAAUGGUUCUAGAAUACAAAACUCACAUAGUACAUAUGGAUAUAGCACGGUCGAACGCACACUGAGGAGUGGACUUCUAAACUUUUGUGCCGUGGCACUAGCGCUAAACGAUUGCGGGUACCGCGCGGUCGGUAUCCGCAUAGACAGCGGGGACUUGGCAUACCUCUCCGUGCUAGCCCGGGACACGUUUGCCAAGGUCGGCGAUGUGCUCAAGUUGCCAUGGUUUUCCACACUGACUAUCGUAGCUUCUAACGACAUAAAUGAGGAUACUAUACUGAGUUUGAAUGAACAAGGUCACAAAAUCGACUGUUUCGGCAUUGGAACGCAUUUGGUGACUUGUCAACGCCAGCCCGCACUCGGAUGCGUCUACAAACUGGUGGAAAUCAAUGGUCAGCCAAGAAUUAAGCUGAGUCAAGAUGUAGGCAAAGUUACGAUUCCAGGUCACAAAGAGGCAUACAGACUGUUCGGGGCGGACGGGCACGCGCUCAUCGACCUGCUCCAGCGCUCCUCGGAGCCGCCGCCCGCGGUCGGACAGAAGGUGCUCUGCCGGCAUCCCUUCCAGGAGUCCAAACGGGCCUACGUCAUACCGAGCAAAGUCGAACACCUUUAUAAGGUGUGCUGGAAAGACGGCAGGGUCUGCUACCCGCCGAAGCCGUUGUCAGAGGUACGCCAGCGCGUGCAGGCGUCUCUGCGGACGCUCAGACAGGACAUCAAGCGGAAUUUGAACCCUACCCCAUACAAGGUGGCGGUGAGCGAUGACCUCUACAACUUCAUUCACGACUUGUGGCUGCAGAACGCGCCUAUCGGGGAGCUCUCCUGAAAUUAGCACUUAUCUUACCCACUCAUGAUCACCAAUGUUGCAUGUUUUCUAUCUCAAUAUUUACCCAUUUGGUAAGCUAACUUUGCUUGAUUUUUCGUGCGGCCAUUAGAGCACUAUUUAAAGAAAAAAUAUUAACCCCCUCAACUCCUACCGUCGCGAUAUCUGGUUGGCAGAACAGCUGCCUCUGUCUGUCUCCCUCACGCAUACGAAAUGUAGAAGCGCUGGGAGAUGAGGAAUUGAUAAUAAAUAUACUUAGCGUAAGAUCACUAUUGUAUUUAAUCAAGAGAUACUAGUCACGUAAAAUUAGUAAAAAUUCAAAAUCAAAGAAACCUUGCAAUAUGUUUAAACAUAAAUAUAAUAACAUCAAUAACAAUCAACCAGUGUAUUUAUAAGCAAUCUACAAAAACACUUUUACAAGAUUUGUUAUAUUUAUAUGGAUGGUAAGCAUAAGAAUAGUCAUGAAAAUAUUUGCUAACAGAUAUAAUAUAUGCUUUAGAUCGUAAGUAGUAAUAAUACCACGAAAAGUUACAUAAAUGUAAUAUGGAUUACAGCCGAGAGAAAGGUUUUAAACCCUG